CACCCUCAAACUCUCACUUACUCUAAAUCAAAGGCCAUUGUAGCAUCUCUUGCAGAGAGAGCAAUAGGAGGAUGUCUGUUCUGGCAGCAAAUUCUCACAUUUUCUGUAGAGAAGUUCAUCAAAGAGAGCAUCAACAACAGUUUUGCAGUGCUGCAGGGGGCAGUUUUGCUUUGCCAAAAUCUUCUGGGUUUGGUUUUUUCUAUAGAAACAGAGAUAGCAAGAAGAUAUUGAGAAGAGACUUGAAAGCGGAGGCCUUUUGGCCAGAGUCAAGACCCACUUUUGUAGAGAUGGAAUCAAUAAACGACUCUGAUCACCUUGAUCAUAUAUUAAGCCAUGCUCAACAGCUCUCCCAGCCCAUUGUCAUUGAUUGGAUGGCAGCUUGGUGCCGCAAAUGCAUCUAUCUGAAGCCUAAGUUGGAGAAAUUGGCUGCUGAAUAUGAAACCAAGGUCAAAUUCUAUUAUGUUGAUGUCAACAAGGUGCCUCAAACUCUAGUGAAACGCGGGAACAUUUCUAAAAUGCCAACCAUUCAGGUAUGGAAAGAUGGGGAGUUUAAAGAAGAAGUGAUUGGAGGUCACAAAGCAUGGCUUGUGAUUGAUGAAGUGCGAGAAAUGAUCCAAAAAUUUGUUGAUAAGGACUUAGUUCAUGUCGGGUCGUUCAUCCGGUAACAGCAGAGUACCAAACGCUAAGAUUUCAUUGA